AUGGUGGAUGCCUGCCAGUGUGAAUGGGCGCAGGACCUGGUUGAACAAAAGUGUGGAAGCACUGCAAAAUGUACGUACUCAGCCCUCAACGCGGCGGUGUCGUGUGUGUGUGGUGAGGAUAAGUGGAGCCCCGACAACCAUCUGGGGUGUAAUGAGUGCAGCUCCUGCGGGGCUGAUGGCGAGAUAGUUGCACCGUGUACGUCCACGACGGAUACGGUCUGUGCUUGUCCCGAGGGGUUGACAGGGGGCAAUUGUACGCAGCAGUGUCAGCUGCCAGAUUUCUGCAUGGAAGGCAACACAACGGCGUGUGAGUUCAGUUCUCUGUCGCCUUCGGCGGGUAGCAUGUGCGAGCGCUGCGAGAAAGGCUACUACUUAUACCUGACCAGCGAAUUGGAGGAGUGCAGAGAGUGUGUGAGCUGUGGAACGCUGGGCGUAAUCUCGCAGAACUGCACAGAGACGAGUGAUGCCGUGUGUGAAUGUCUCGGAGGUGCGACCGGUGCUGAUUGCGCACACAUGUGUGAGGUACCUGUGGGGUGUACGGAGAUCAACAUGACCGAGCUGCAGCCUUACACCAAGGGGAUCCUGUGUAAUGUUUGCCACAGCGGCUACUACUUGAAUACUACUACUCAUCGAUGCGCCGGGGUAACGCAAUGUACGCGGUCACAGUACAUGUAUCAAUUAUACACCGAGACAGAGGACACAAUCUGUUUACCGCUCACGGAGUGUGGGGGCCAUGAGUACGAAAGUACGCAACCUACCACGACAACCGAUCGCGAGUGUGCUGACUGCGCCUCCACCGAUUUCUGCGUCGAAGUGAUAUCUGAAUGCACAAACCCCACGAAUACAGUGUGUGGCGGCUGUAUGCAUGGGGCUACUGGGACUGCGUGUAAUAUGGUGGAAGUUGUGUUAACUCUCGACGCCGAUAUCGACGACUGGACUGAUGCAGACGCGGAACAGACAAGUGAAUCUAUCACAGCCUUUCUCCGGGUGCCAUCUGAUGAGAUUACGGUCUUGAAAGCGUCGGCCGGCAGUGUAGUACUGGAAAUGGGCUUCAGCCCAAACGCAGCCACGCUGCUCGUGGAGGCUUCGAAUAGUGGAGCACAAUUCCCCUUGUACAUGAUUUCGAUGACAGUUGCGGGCGAUCCGGUCGAGCUGAACAAUGACACCUCAUCGGUAACCUCGUGGAUAGUGGCACUAAUCACAAUAGUGGUAGUCGUGAUAGCUUCCGUAGCUAUCGCUUUGGCCUGGGCCGCAAACAAGCUCAAUCUGUUCCUCAAUAUGCCUGAGAAAUUCCUGGCCAAGAUAAGUGACCCCACCGCCAUACUCAUUCGCAAAGAGAUGAAGCGCAAUAAAGGGCAUGUCUCUGUCGAUCGCCUGGAGAAGAUCCAAGAACUACACCGUAGUCGUUUCGGCGUAGUGUGCUGUGUUGAGGUUAAGGAACUCGGGGAGUUUGCGGAACAGAGCUCCCCUGUGGCUAUCCGAGUGCUCAACGUUAAUCUAAGCGAUCAGGUCUUGGCCAGUUUUAUGGAGAAUUCGCUUAAAACUAUGAGUUUCGAGUUGGGAGCUCUGGCUCUCUCACAAGGUCCGCAUCUGUCAAUAAUAAUGGUGCUGAUGACUAUGGGUGAUUUACAUACGUAUCUAUUCUCUCAGGACAAGCGGAACGUGAGAGUCACACACGCGGAGAAGCUAUUCUCUGCAUUCCAGAUUGCCCGAGGCAUGUACUACCUCAGUGACAUUGGUGUGGUGCAUAGCGAUUUCGCCAGUCGCAACUGCAUCCUCACUGCACCCGGUCAGAAUACUUUUGGUUUUCCGGUGGUGAAAGUGGCCGAUUCCAGUCUUCGACGUGGGAUAGUCACAGAGGUGUGCGGGCAAUCAUUUGCUGAAUCCCGCAGGGUGCACUUAAAAACAGGGAUUGACGAUGUCACCCCGAGCCUUGGUAGAGAAACGAUUCAACACCGAAAGUGAUGUCUGGUCAUAUGGUG